AUGGCUGCUGCUACCACUUCCGGCGCUGUUGAUCAGCUUGCCGCUGACCUUGGCAAUGCCUCUCUCAACGGCGGUGAUGUCAAGACUCCCGCCAUCAACACCAACGUCGCCAGCGAUGCUCAGGGCGACGAUCUUGACACCGCUGGCCCGACUCCCAGCUCGGCCCAGACCCCUCACCCCCAGGCUUCUGCUUCUUUGUACGUCGGCGAGCUUGACCCUUCCGUUACCGAGGCUAUGCUUUUCGAGCUGUUCUCACAGAUCGGCUCUGUCGCUUCGAUCCGUGUCUGCCGUGACGCCGUCACCCGUCGCUCUCUCGGCUAUGCCUAUGUAAACUACAACACGACCUCGGAUGGUGAGCGCGCCCUUGAGGAGCUCAACUACACCCAGAUCAAGGGCCGCCCUUGCCGCAUUAUGUGGUCUCAGCGUGACCCCAACCUCCGCAAGAGUGGCCAGGGCAACAUCUUCAUCAAGAAUCUCGAUGCUGCCAUUGACAACAAGGCGCUCCACGACACCUUCGCUGCUUUCGGUAACAUCCUGAGUUGCAAGGUUGCCCAGGAUGAGAAUGGCAACUCCAAGGGCUAUGGAUUUGUCCACUACGAAACAGACGAGGCUGCCGCCGCCGCCAUCAAGCACGUUAACGGUAUGCUGCUGAACGAGAAGAAGGUCUACGUCGGCCACCACAUUCCCAAGAAGGACCGCCAGAGCAAGUUCGAGGAGAUGAAGGCCAACUUCACCAACGUCUACGUCAAGAACAUCAAUCCCGAGGCCAGCGAUGACGACUUUCGUCUAUUAUUCGAGGCGUUUGGCGAUGUCACUUCUUCGUCGCUCGCGCGCGACCAGGAGGGCAAGUCUCGUGGCUUCGGCUUCGUCAACUUCACCACACACGAGGCCGCUGCCAAGGCGGUUGACGACUUAAACGGCAAGGACUUCCAAGGUCAGGAUCUCUACGUCGGCCGUGCCCAGAAGAAGCACGAGCGUGAGGAGGAGCUCCGCAAGUCGUACGAGGCCGCACGCCAGGAGAAGGCCAACAAGUACCAGGGCGUUAACCUGUACAUCAAGAACUUGAACGAUGAUGUCGAUGACGACAAGCUGCGCGUCUUGUUCUCUGAGUUCGGGCCCAUCACAUCGGCCAAGGUCAUGCGUGACUCCCUGAGCGAGUCUGGCGAUGACGAGAAGGACAAGGAAAAUCAGAAGGAGACAAUUGAUGAGGUCAAGGAGGAGGAAGGCGAGAAAGAGGAAGGUGAGAAGAAGGAGAAGAAAGGCGAUCGCAAGCUCGGAAAAAGCAAGGGCUUCGGCUUUGUGUGCUUCGCCAACGCUGACGACGCCACCAAGGCCGUCGCUGAGAUGAACCAGCGAAUGAUCGAAGGCAAGCCUCUCUACGUCGCACUGGCCCAACGCAAGGACGUUCGGAAGAGUCAACUUGAGGCGAGCAUUCAGGCGCGUAACACUCUCCGAAUGCAACAAGCCGCUGCCGCCGCAGGCAUGCCCCAGCAGUUCAUGCAGCCACCUGUAUAUUACGCUCCUGGACAGCCUUUCCCUCCUGGUGGUAGAAGCGGCAUCCCAUUCCCCCAGCCCGGCAUGGGCAUGCCCGGAGUUCAGGGUGUUCGGCCUGGCCAGUUCCCCAAUUACGGCGCUCCUCAGGGUGGCCGUGGUGCACCUGUACCCCAACAGCUCCCACCCCAGAUGUACAUGCCUGGACAAUUCCCUCCAGGUGCCCCCUUCGGCAACCCGUCCGGAAACCCCCAGUACAUGGCUGCCAUGGCUCAGGCCCAACAGGCAGCUCUCGGAGGUGGUCGUGGUGGCCCGGCCGGUCGUGGACCUAUGCAAGGAAUGCCCAACAUGCCGGCCAUGCCAGGCGUGGGUGGACCCGGCAUGCCCGGAUACCCUCCCAAUGCCAGACAAGGCAGCGGUGCAGCUGGUCGCGGAGGCAUGAACGCUCGCAAUGGCCAGAUGGGUCAAUUCCCCCAGGGCGGACGUGGCAUGCCCAAUCAGCAGAUGGGUGCGCCUAUUCCCGGCCAAGACUUAACCACUGGCUCCCUCCUCCAGUCUCAGCUUCAAUCGGUUGCCGGUAAUCCCCAGCAGCAAAAGCAGAUGCUCGGCGAGGUCAUCUUCCCCAAAAUCCAAGCUCUCCAGCCUGAACUCGCUGGCAAGAUCACCGGCAUGCUCCUGGAGAUGGACAACGCGGAACUCGUCAACCUUAUUGAGGAUGAGAGUGCUCUCCGUGCCAAGGUGGAUGAAGCCAUGGCAGUCUACGACGAGUACGUCAAGACCCAGGGAGGGGAAGCAGAGGGUGAGAAGAAGGAGGAGAAGCCUGAGGAGAAAGCAUAA